GCCCCUCCCUCGUCGUCCCCAUCUCAAUCGUCAUCCUCCUCCUCGACUCUCUCCCAGGUCCCCCGUGCCGAACUCUACUGCCGAGCUCCCCCCCCUCGCCACCACUUCCUCAUUUAUCAUGUACGCCAUUCGCGCGGCAUCCAGCCCACUCCGACGCGUCAUGACUCCCCACUCGCCCAUCGCACGCGCCCUGGCCACCAGCGCCAGUCAAUCAAACCUCGCCCCUCCAAAUGGUUCUACAGACGGAGCUGCCACACCCCGCGCUGCUGCCCGCAAGCAGCUCCUCACCCUCGGCGAGAUCGACCGUCUUCUCACCCAUGUCUCCCAGCACUCGCCCAAGACCCAGAGUGACACCCCGAUGGUCAUGCGCGCGCACCCUGUGCCGUGGAUGAACGCGGGGUGCGGUGCACCAGAACUCGAGCCUCCCGCACAGGAACGCGCGAAGAAGUACCCACCUCUCACUGAGGAGCAGAAGGAGGCCCUCGUCAAGCCCAAGCCUAUGAGCGCGAGCUUCACCUCGUUUGACCUCCCCCUCGCCUCUGACCCCCGCCUGUACGACCUCUACGUCAACUUCUCCGGUGGCUUCCGUAUGGGCAAGUUGCUCGAGAACCUCGACUCGCUCGCUGGCGCCGUAGCAUACCGGCACUGUCUGCCCGUCGUAAUCGCGGCCGAUGGGCGUGCGACCGAGAACUUCCACACCGAGGCCGCCAAGGCCGGCCUGUACAUUGCCACGGCGAGCGCGGACCGUCUUGACAUGUUCGGCGUCCUGAACCAUGAGAAUGUUCGUGACCUCCGCUUCUCAGGCUUUGUCACCUGGACGGGUAACUCGUCGAUGGAGGUGUUCGUCAAGAUGGAGGGCACGCGCCCCGGCUCUGACGAGAGCGACACGCUCAUGCUUGGCCGUUUCGCCAUGGUCGCGCGCGACGCCCACACAGGCAAGGCGCGCAAGGUGCCGCAGCUGGUCAUCGAGACGCCUGAGGAACAGACGCUGUGGAACUUUGGGCAGGAGCACAAGGACCACCGCGUUGCGCUGGCCAAGCGCACGCUGGACAAGGCGCCGCCCGACGCGCGCGAGUCGGCCGAGCUGCACGAGCUGAUGCGCUCCAUCCGUGACUCGAAGGACAACACGCUCGACGGCGAGAUCAUGGUCCCGAUGGCCAAGACGGUCAACGAGAGCGUGCAGCUCAUGUUCCCGCAGGAGCGCAACCUGCACGGCAAGGUGUUUGGUGGCUUCCUCAUGCGCCAGGCGUAUGAGCUGUGCUUUACGACGGCCGCGACGUUCGCGCACACCCCGCUCCGCUUCCAGUCGCUUGACCAGAUUGUGUUCCGUCUCCCCGUGCCUAUCGGCGCCAUUGUCCGCCUCACGUCCAAGGUGCUCAAGACGACCAAGCCGACUGAGGAGCAGGACGGCGAAGCCAAGGCCCACAUCAUGGUCAAGGCCGAGGUGCAAGAUGUCAAGACUGGCGAGCGCCAAGAGACCAACACGUUCUACUUCACAAUGAAGAAACCCGACGGCAAGCCGAUCGGACGCGCCGUCGUGCCCUCGACGUACUACGAAACGAUGCAAUACCUCGAGGGCAGCCGUCGCCUCGAAGUCGGCGACGAAGUGCGUAAGCUUUACAUGGCGCGUACGCCCAAGCACGAGUAGGCGUGACCCGGACGGACGCGGUGCCUGUGCCGGUCUCGCGAGUGAACUUGGAGGGAGGGCUGCAGGACAUGAGCUGUACCAGUACGCAGAAGCAAUUUAGAGCAUGUGUCGAGGCAGUGGCAAGCAAUGCAUGGAUCUUUGUCUGGGGG